UUCCUGCCUCGCCUCUCUGCGAGAAACGGAGGCUGGGAGCGCCGGAGGAGCCCCUCUUCGUGCGCAGCGAUGUUGGCCAGCGGGGUUGCGCGGGGGGAGCCUGGAGACAAAGGAUACAUCUGGGGAGUCAAGGCUGAGGGAGAACCAUCUGAAGUAUCACUGGAAAAAGCUGAGGAGCAGAUGCAGGAGCAGAAAGUGAGGAGUCAAGAUGGAGCAAAGAGACAACAGGAGCGACAGACACACACAGGGGACAAACCUUAUCAAUCUCAUAAAUGCUUGGAAUGUGGAAAGAGCUUUAGUCAGAGUGGCCACCUUAUUAGGCAUCACAAAAUUCAUACAGGGGACAAACCUCAUAAAUGCUUGGAAUGUGGAAAGAGCUUCAGUCGGAGUGAGAGCCUUACUUCGCAUCAAAGAACUCACACGGGAGACAGACCUUAUAAAUGCUUGGAAUGUGGAAAGAGCUUCAGUCGGAGUGACAGCCUUACUUUGCAUCAAAGAACUCACACGGGAGACAAACCUUAUAAAUGCUUGGAGUGUGGAAAGAGCUUCAGCCAGAGUUGCAUCUUUAACACACAUCAAAGAACUCACACAGGGGAAAAACCUCAUAAAUGCUUGGAAUGUGGAAUGAGCUUCAGUCGGAGUGGAAGCCUUACUUCGCAUCAAAGAACUCACACAGGAGACAAACCUUAUGAAUGCUUGGAAUGUGGAAAGAGCUUCAGUGACAGUAGUGCCUUUAGUAAACAUAAAAGAACUCAUACAGGGGACAAACCUUAUAAAUGCUUCGAGUGUGGAAAGAGCUUCAGUCGGAGUGGCAGCCUUACUUCGCAUCAAAGAACUCACACAGGGGAAAAACCUCAUAAAUUCUUGGAAUGUGGAAAGAGCUUCAGUGACAGUAGUGCCUUUAGUAAACAUAAAAGAACUCACACGGGAGACAAACCUUAUAAAUGCUUGGAGUGUGGAAAGAGCUUCAGUCAGAGUUGCAUCUUUAACACACAUCAAAGAACUCACACAGGGGAAAAACCUCAUAAAUGCUUGGAAUGUGGAAAGAGCUUCAGUGACAGUAGUGCCUUUAGUAAACAUAAAAGAACUCACACAGGGGACAAACCUUAUAAAUGCUUCGAGUGUGGAAAGAGCUUCAGCUGCAGUAGCAUCUUUAACACACAUCAAAGAACUCACACAGGGGAAAAACCUCAUAAAUGCUUGGAAUGUGGAAAGAGCUUCAGUGACAGUAGUGCCUUUAGUAAACAUAAAAGAACUCACACAGGGGACAAACCUUAUGAAUGCUUGGAGUGUGGAAAGAGAUUCAGGCACAGUAGCACCUUUACUUCGCAUCAAAGAAGUCACACAGGGGAAAAACCUCAUAAAUGCUUGGAGUGUGGAAAGAGCUUCAGUCAGAGUAGCGCCCUUACUUCGCAUCAAAGAACUCACACGGGGAAAAACCACAUAAAUGCUUGGAAUGUGGAAAGGGCUUCAGUCAGAGUAGCGCCCUUACUUCGCAUCAAAGAACUCACACGGGGAAAAACCACAUAA